UCUCACCUCUCCUUUUUUCCAUUCACACCAUUUUCCUCCUCCACAAUCUCCCUUUCUCUUCUUCCCUUUGUUCAGAGGAAGAACGAGAAAAUCAAAAGCUAUAACAAACAACAACAACAAAACCGAACCUAACAUUCAAUCAAUUCAUUCAGAUCUAACCUCUUACCUUUGUUAAUUCCAUUCUCCUCUUGCAAAAAUUUCCAUUAAUCAUGGGUACGGAGAUUCUACGGCCGCAGAAUUGCUUAAUCGAACGGAUCAGAGCACCACCGGCGAGUUUUUCCCGGCGGAGAACAACCUAUGGAAACUGCGGUGCUUACCUUAACGCUCCCGGCAGGGCUAACCGGAAACCGGUGGCCCGGCCGGAGCAAAGGAAGCGGGUGGUGGAGAGACGUCCGAGCUCCGAUGAUUCUAAGGUGGCGAGAGGCAGCGGGUUGGUGAUGGAGAAGGUGACGAUUCUCCGGCGAGGAGAAUCGCUCGAUUCGCAGAUCAAGAGCGAGGCGUUGAAGAGAGAAGGUGACGAGCUCGUGGUUGUUGGGACUCAGCGGCUUGGACCCGACCCGGAAAUGGUUCCUAAGCAGAUCCGGAUCAUGGAUGGCCAGAUCGGGUUUGACAUGUACGCUGGAUCGGCGUUUGCGAUGUCGCCGUCGCCGAGCGCGCUUCCUUUGCCGUCUUUUUGGAAGAAGGUUGCGCCGGCGGUGGCUGUUGACGACUCCGCCACGCGGGAUCUGAGGCGCUUGCUCCGGUUGGAAUGAACCGGGUCGGGUUAAGCUUCCGGGGUUUUGAAUCGGGUCGUACCCAUCUUUCCCUUCUCUUAAUCUAUAUUCUAGAAUCUUCUUGGUAUCUGUUUAUGCCCCUCCCGCUUCCAAUUUUCGAGUUCUGACCCGACCGUGAUUUUUUUAAACGGAAGGGUAGAUCUGGAAUUGGGGGUAGAAGUUGAGGUUAAAAAUGUCAAUAAAAAGAAGUUUGGAGUAGCAGCAUGUGUAAGAUGAUGAUGUUGUGGUUGUGGAGGUUGUUAAGGGUAAAAUUUAGGUUGUAAUGAUCUCAGGUUAGAAUGGAAAAAAAAAUGUUAAUUGAACAAAAAAAAAGAGAUGGGAGGAAGAUUGGGGGGUUGAUUUGUAAAAUCCGGAAGUGGAUUGUGUGGGUGAAGUGAAAAUGGUUUCUGCUCUUUGGAGAUUUCUUGUAGGUUUGUAACCCCUUUUGUGAUGUAAAGUGAAGAAAAAAAUUAACUAGGGAAAUUUGGGCAGAUUCAUAUUUGCUAAUAUCUUUUUCGUAA